AUGUAUAGCAUACGGUAUACCCAAGCUGGCGUUGGAACUAAUGGCAGCAUGACGUGGUGGGGUUACAUAAUUUCAAGUAGCUCCCGGUUACCACUGUGCCAACCGCCGGAUGGUGACCUGGCAAAACUCCAGGCUUGGUGGAUAGGUGCAUAUAAAUUGAACGUGCUGCUUUACUUACACACCUUUGCGUACAUCACACAACCAAAUUUCGAGGGUGAAUGGUUUGCCGGCGCUGACGAUACCAUGAAGAUUCAGUUCGCCUACCUCGCCAUCCUUGCCGCUGCCGCUGGGGUGAAGUCGCAGCAGGCCUAUGAUCAAUGUAACUGGGACCUGGCGUGCGUUAUGCCCAACUACGACUGUGGGCCAGGCUACGCACCCUUCCCGGUACCUUUAGCAGACUGCUACCUUUGCUGCGUUAUUGGUUAUUAAUGAGUCCCCCUUAUCCAGACCAAUGAAGGCGGAUGUUCCUUAUCAAAGCAUUCGAACCCUUUCUCCAUGCGCACGCUUCAGAUAUUCACCCGACUUUGUGUCAAGAUGAUCACACAUAGAGAACCUAUGCAAAACUCAC